AAUGACUUUGACUUUGACUUUGACUUUGAUCUGUAUGAAUAUGAAAUGACAUUUUUUUCCCUUUUUUUCUUUUUUGGGUUAAAGAAUAUAAAACGACCUUUGCAGAGUAAGGAAUAAGGACUGAGGGAGUGAAGAGAAAUUUGGCUAGGUCUCUUCUUUCCCGUCUUCCUCUUGGCGUCUCCUUCCUUUUCCCCAAUCCAUUUUCCUUUGGGUUUUUUUGGAUUUUGGGUUCUCUUGUUCGUGUAGAAUUCUGAAAAGGGAUUUGUGGGUUUGUGUACCUCGCUGUUGAUUUUCGAACACCGCUGGAAAAAAUACGAUGGACGAUUCGAACUUCGAUAAGCCGAUUGAGUUCGACAAGGGUUGGAAAGUUUUGCAGGAAGGACUCGAAAAGCUUGAGAACUUGGUCGCUGGGAAGCCUGAUUCCAAGUUCACUUCUGAUGAGUACAUGAGGCUUUACGAGUAAUGAUAUUAUUCUUCCCCCUUUCUCAUCGUUUUUAAUUCGGAUGUUUGGGUCAUUCAAUUUCAUUAAUUGAGUUUGAAUUUCAUUUUGCAGAACGGUUUACGAAAUGUGUACCCAAAAAGGAGUCCACGACCACUCUCAGAGGUUGUAUGACAAGUACAAGGAGACUUUUGAAGAGUAUCUCUCGUCCGUGGUAUUGCCUUCUCUGCAAGACAAACAUGAUCCUGAACCUCUGUUAAGAGAGUUUGUUAAGAGAUGGUCUAAUCAUAAAGCCAUGCUGAGAUGGAAGAUGCGAUUCUUUCAUUACCUCGAUCGAUACUACAUAACUCGGAGGUCCAUUCCGAACCUUACUGAAGUUGGAUACAACGCUUUCCAUGAUCUGGUUUACACAAAAGUUAAGGGAGAAGUUCGCGAUGCUGUUUGUUUCUUGAUAAAACAAGAGCGUGAAGGAGAGAAAAUUGAUCGCGGUCUAUUGAAGGAUGUGGUCGACAUUUUUGUUGAAAUUGUGAUGAAGAAAACUCACCUUGCAGAUCAUGGAGUCUUGGGGGAUUAUGAGAAUGAUUUCGAGGCCAAAAUGCUUGAAGACACUGAUGCUUAUUAUUCUUGUAAAGCUUCUUUGUGGAAUUUGGAAGAUGCAUCCCCAGAGUAUAAUUUGAAGGUGGUUACCUAUCCUGGAAUUUGUUAUUCAAUUCUAUUCAUUCAGUUUUUACUCUUUUUGUUACUUUGCUUUUCAGGUAGAGGAGUGUUUGAAUCUUGAAAAGGAUAGAGUCUCCCAUUACCUCCAUCCCAGUACUGAACCAAAGUUGCUUGAGGUUUGCUUUCCAUUCCAUUGCUUUCCAAAUUUAUCAGGAUUGAUUGUUACUUUCCAUGUUCAACAUUCAUUGUUGAGAUCUCGAUCUAAUUACCCCCUCUUUUGUACCUGACAGCGUGUAAAACAAGCACUAUCAGUGCCCCAUGCUGCCUAACUACAAAGAGCUAUUGACCAAGCUGUUUCUGGUGCAUUAAAAGUUUCUAAGUUCCUGACUGAUGUAUAUGUUGGAGAAGAAGACAGUAAUCUAUGUUGAUGCCUGCAAAACUGGAAUAGAUAUUUGUGGUUUUUUUGGUUUGAAGUUAAGAUUACAAUGGAUAUCUGUUUUGCUACAAGGCUGCAUUUGUUAACCAUUUUUUUUCCCUCUUUGCUUUGGUUUUAUCAUUUAUGACUGUUCAAAAUAUAGUCAAUCAGAAGGUAAGUUGAACGGAUAACAUAAAUUAUACUCCAACCUAAUCCAUACGGUAGCUUUUAAGAUGUUUCAUCGCAGCCCCAACCUAAUCAAUAGCAUAGAUGCAGAAAUUUCGGACAAGGAAAAUGUGUGCCGGUAAACGAUGAAGGCAUCAGGAGAUGAACAUUGGGUUUCUGAUAUUGCUUGAUGAACUUGCCGCCGGAUAUGAAAGAGAAUCUUUAGUUUGUUUGAGCAUUAGCUUCUUCAGAUAAUAAACCUAUUUUUGAAUCGCAAUUUCAACAAGAAUGUCAAUAACUUCCUUUAACAAGGCAUGAUCAAUUUGCUAUCCUUGAUGCUAUUGGAGAAUCUAUUGAGCAAAUGGGGAUGAAACCUUCAAAGAUUAGGAAGUGUAAAAUUUCUGAAAAUUUCGUCUGCACAUUUCAGAAUCCUUC